AUGGCCAAGGACCUUGAUCUAUCGAACUCCGAGUUCGAACGACUGCGUGCACUGGCCCUGGAGCGCUUGGCACAGCUGGAGCGCCGCGAAAAGGAGCGCGAGGAGCGCCAGCGGCGCACAACGCUUGAGAACGAGGCCCUCCAAGUCGCCUUCGUUGCGCGUGGCCUGUGGGUGACGAAGAGCGACGAUCCGCCGGACAACCCGACGCCCGCACACUUUGAUCCCGAGGCGCGCCCAUCGUACUCGUCGCUGGAGAUACCCCUGAUCGGUGCUUCUGAGCCGUGGAAGGCCCCUGACCCCAUCCGCACGCCGCUCGUGUUCCCAGUGAUGCUACUGUACCCCCAGCACAAUACAUCCGAUCUCAUAUCGGAGUACCACGAGGACACACCGAUCGAGGCUCGUGGCUCACUCCCUUGGGAUCCGCAGGGCGAGUAUGUGUCGUCGCAACUCUCGGUGAUUGCGCGCACGCGCAAGGGACGCCUCCUGCGCGUGGGCCACAAGCUCUCGCUACGCACACUACUGGACCAAGGCGCGCAGCCUGGUGCUGCUGGCCAGUUGGAGGACCGCGACGGCAUUGUGAUGCGCGACGGCAUCAUCGACUUGUAUGUCUUCCCCAAGGGCUCGUCUGCCGAGCGGACGUGGGUCGCCGAGACGAAGGGCCGUGCUACAUAG